AUGAUGUCCAAUGAAGGAACGACAACCACGCUCCUACCCGAGCUUUUUCGACUCGUAGCUAUACAUUUAGCUCAAACAAACUCGAUGGAAACACUUUCUUCACUCUCGAGAACGUCCAAGUCAAUGAACCAUCUAUUAUUUCCGGUACUUUAUCAUCAUUUGACACUGGCAGAUGACAAUGUAGAAAAGGUAUUCCGGGGUGUAUCACCUUUUGACCUGGAAGAACAGAGGAAAAAUCCACUGGAGAAUUUUAAAGACAGCGCGACAAGUGUCAGAAGCCAAUGGAGCUUGUGGCCUGACAUUCCCGUCAGCUCUGAUCAGACUACUGAUAAAGCAGAGCAUAGAAAAGGUGAGUGUAUGUCAUUUGACCUCAGUAUCGCGAAAAUCUGCAGUAUAUGUGCAGGAACGCGAACUGCAGUAAUACAGAUGAACCCCUUUGAAGAGAGAAGGCACGCUGAUCGUCCUCUACUACAUCACUCAUUGUUCACAGUACAUCUUACUACGACCGCCGUUACCAGGAAUCGCAAAUUGAACCUACUGAGUCACGUCCGAGCAAUCACUUUCAACACUUUACCCUCAUGGCAUAUAUGUAAUUCUCUCUUAUCGCUUAAGGAUGGAGAACUAGACCAAUCUAACCCUCAUUACAUAUUCCCAAAUGCAAAGCAGCUACUUUUAACUUCAAAUUUCACUUACGAAUUAUCAGAUUGGUUGAACCGUAAUUGGAUUUCACCAAGACGUGACAACAUACCUCGACAUCCAAUGAUCGAUUUUCUACUUAUAUCCAUACCAGAACCUGGAGACGUGAUCAUUGAGUAUCCCACAUACACAUCGCAGAUGAAGAAGGCUUUCUUACAAACGAGGUAUGGGUCUAAAGAAGUGGUGAGAAGAUGUGGAGCUGAGCAAUCAAGAUCAAUCAGGAUGAGAGGUGAAUGGGAAUUGUUUAUUGAUCAAGGCAUUCAUUCAUCGCUAAUGCCAUUACUCUGGCAUUGGCGUUUGAAGACUCUCGUUUUCAAGAAUGUGCGGAGAAGCUUCUUACCAAAUGUAAGAUGUUCAAACGUAAGAGUAGAAUUUGCGCCUAACGAGGUCAAGCAUGACAAGGAUGUCACAGAGGAGCGGGAUAUAGAAAGAAGGGUGGAGCAAAUAUUGACGUUUAUCGAACCUGAUAAUGAGGCAUACAAGGCUGCUGCUGAAGACGUGAAGAGCUGGGAAUUUGUGUCUCCCAAAAUAAAGCAACAAGGACUGGUCGAACAGAUGAUCAGAGAUGAGCUAGACAAGGUCAAGAACAGCAGGGUACUCUUUGUGAAUGCGGUCGAGUAA